UGCUUUCCAGUGCGCAGCUGGAUCCGAAAUCCCUCCAUUUGAAGUGAAAUUUUUACAACGAAAGGAAGCAUCAUUCAUCCCGAGGUGCAUAUUUUCGGCCGCGCAUAAAGUUUGUGUGUUUAGUUUGAUUUCCUGUUGAAGCUCGGUGUCCUCCACCUGCCGUCAGCCACCCGGAAGAAGCAAGGAUGUGGAUUUAAAACGGUUUCACGGCAGAAAUCUUCCGCUUCUGCGCUUUGCUUGCUUGAGAAAAAGGAUCGUCAGCUGGGAAUCGAAUCGGUUUGGAGAAGGUGUUGGUUGCAUGAGCUAGAGAGAGAGACCGUUUUUUUGGAAGGCCCUCUAAAAAGCAGAGCGAGACGCAAAACGGAUAAAUAAAAAGUCAACGGAAGAAGGCGCAAAUAAAAGUAGGAAAACCUGUGACAGGCGCUGCUGGAAUCGUCGAAAUCCGAGGAGGCUGUGGAAAACAAUAGGCGCUGGGGCAACAAUCAAAACCUGUGUGCAGUGGCAGAAGAUUCGGCUGAAGAAUGGCGACUUUUCGGAUUCACGAGGAUUUAGAGAAGGAGAAUCGCAUCCUAACGACAAAGAGUGCGGUUGGGGCGGCGGCUGCAGUGGGGAGCAAACAGCAAGCGCAGCAGUUUCAGCAACGGUCGACUUUUGGCGUUUUGAACAAUUUGACCAGCAAUGGACGAACGGAGGUACCCGUGGCUGGCGAAAAGGCGGUCCUGAAAGAUCCUAAGUUGAAAAUUAAACCAACGGUAAUCGUCAAAACCAAACAGGAUGAAAAUUGCACCGCGAAUGUCGUGCAGCAAGCAAAGGCAGUGUCAAAGCCGACCAGCACCAAUUUCCAAGUGUAUGAUGACUCGAAGGAGAACGAAGCUACCGCCGCGAAGAAGGAUGAUUCCGUUCACGAGGCCAAAAGAGCACCCCUGCAGGAGCUUAAGAAUGCAGAACUGCUGGAAACACCCAUGUCGGUGGGUGACAGCUUUUCGCCCAUGUCAGUGGACAAAUCGGUCGUCCAGGUGGAGGACACCUCCCUCGUGCCCCGGAAUGAUCGUGAGCGCUUCUUCGAGGUGGAAGAAUACCAGGUCGAUAUCCUGGCUUACCUAAAGGAGGCAGAAAAGCGCCACCGUCCAAAGCCGGCCUACAUGAAGAAGCAGCCGGACAUUAAUCAUUCAAUGCGUACCAUCCUGGUCGAUUGGCUUGUGGAAGUUUGCGAAGAGUAUCGCCUGCAGAGUGAAACUCUGUGUCUGGCCAUUUCCUACAUCGACCGAUUCCUUAGUUUCAUGUCGGUGGUCCGCGCCAAGCUGCAACUGGUUGGAACGGCUGCCAUGUUCAUUGCCGCAAAAUACGAGGAAAUCUACCCGCCGGACGUCGGUGAGUUUGUGUACAUCACCGACGAUACCUACACCAAGACGCAGGUGCUACGCAUGGAGCAACUGAUUCUGAAAGUGCUCGGAUUCGAUCUGUCCGUACCAACCACGUUGGUAUUCACCACCGUAUAUUGCGUAAUGAACGACGUGCCGGAUAAGGUGAAACAUAUGUGCAUGUACCUCUGUGAGCUCUCUCUACUGGACGCUGAUCCAUUCCUGACGUACUUGCCGUCGAAAAUUUCUGCCGGUGCUCUGGCUCUCUCCCGCUACACGCUCGAUCUGCCGAUCUGGUCUCGAAUGUUGGAAACGAACACGGGCUACCAACUGGAGGACCUCAAGGACAUCAUUCUGGAUCUGAACAAGGUGCACCAGAAAGCGGAAUCGCUGGCACAGCAGGCCAUCCAGGAAAAGUUCAAGGGAAACAAGUACAUGCAAGUGGCCACCAUUCCAGCCACCGAGUUGUCCGAGGAAACCUUCGACAAGAUGUGCAAAUCGUUCGCUGCGAUAACGUCCGCUGCCGCCGAAGCGGAACUCAGCACAGCGCCCAACUCCGCUCUGAAUCACAACGAUUCUAUGCGGGAAAUGAUGUCCUCGUUGCUGUUUGUGUAGAGAUGCAACGGAUAAGCAAAAAAUCCUCCUACCAUUUAUUGACUAACUCCUUGACCCCUUCCUUUCCAUUGGCACCUCCCCAACCCUCCCUUCGUACACGCCCUCAACGUUUUUUUUAUUUUUGUGUUUUUGUGUAUAGGUUUUACUGUCGGGUUAUUUUUUAGACUCUUUUUCCUUAGUUCGCGUAAUGCUCAUAUCAUUCUUGUUCGCGCUCUACACAGCCGUAGCAAAAGCAAAUAGUUUGACGAAAUAAUUCCUAUAUUAUAAAAAGAAAAGAAAACACUUGUAGAACAGCACAUACAGAAACAGUGUAUUGGCCCGAACGACGAAUGAUGAUUGUAUUUAACUCUAGCGUGUACACAAGGACGGAUAUGAUUACGUUUAUUUUGUAGCUCUUGAAACGUUUACGAUACUGUUUAAGAUGAUAAUUCGGCAAAUAGGAUUACAAAAUUGUAUGAAAGGAAUGCGACUUCUCGAACUACUGGCAAUUACACAUGGAUACAUAGAAGGACCUUAACGGAUGUACCAGUCAAGAAUCUUUAUUCCUUAAUCUUGUGUAAUUUAUAAAUUAAUAAAUUAGUCAAAAUAUAACUAUCCAGAUAAGUUUUAAACAAAUCGUUUACCUUUUAUGAUAGAUAAGGAGGCGCAGUUUUUUAUUAUGUUACAAACCUACUUAAACAUUGCACCAAACAAAACGAACAAAAACUGGAUUUGUAACCACAACAUGUGCAGUUCCGAAAGAUACAGUUUCAGCUUUUAUUUUUGGACAGGUUUCGACGGAUUUCCGAGUUCAAUACCAAUUUUCCACCUAAAGUUCCAGGAUACACGAAACACAAUCGGUGCUGAUUGACCGGAAUCGCCUGUAAUGGCAUACAAUGGUACGAAAUUACUUCUCGAUUGGUUUGAACCUCAGCAUGGACUGCAAAAAACAGAAACAAACUCUUUCUCGAAUAUACAGACACGAACACACUUGAGUGUCUCCUUUUCAAAUGGUAGGGAACCUUCGUUUCCUUGUUCAAAAAAUCAAUAAUUUCCAACCGAAAGUUCAAAUAAAAAGUAAAUCUAAACAAUACUAACAUAAAAUUACGCUUAAAGUGGAUAGACGUGAUUAGAGGUAGUUAUACAACGAAAGCAACAUAAGGUAAGGCUUUUUGCGAAACUAAAUUAAUUCAACUUGCUAAGGUAUUUUAAUUACGAAGAAGUACUUCCUAUCAGAAUAAAGUAACACAACAAUAAACGGCGGUAGCACUUUUUCUAUGA